GUGUCGGAAAUUGAACGUUCGAGUUUUCGACCACGCACAACAUUACACAACGCAAUUUCAAAAAACCCUACUCCCCCAUUUUCACCGCCUCAAAUGUCCCCGGCGGUGGUGCAUCUCCGAUCUCCGAUCACCUCCUCCGCCUUUCAAACCACCGAUUCCGUUCCCGAUUCCACCUCGCAUUCUUCGUUCCAUCAUCACACUCCUUUUCCUCAUUUCAACGCCGAAGCCUUAAACCCUUCCUCCGCCACCGCAACUGCUGCCCCCGCCGGAGGAGCUUCCAUGUCCCGUGGGAGGACAAGGGCAAGACUCGUCAAGCAGAGGAAGAAACAAUCGGCUUCUCAGCACGUGAAGCCACGUGAUGCUACCCCUGGCUUCGAUUCCGUUCCCUCCGAUCAGGUAACCGGUAAUAUUAGCGACUUGAAUGGUUUUUCGGUAGGUUCUGUUGGACUGGAAAGUGGUGUUAGAGCUUGUGAUGGUGGUUCUUCGAACUGUUAUCGCAAGCUUGGGGGCGAUAGUUUUGUAUUUGGUGCUACUUCAGUCAGCUCUGGUUCUGCUAGGGAUUUGGGUUCCGAGCAGGGUAGAGAAAGUUCUGUAGGUUCUGUUCAUGGAAGGGAGGGUGCAGCUGACAGGGAAACGGAGGUUGGGAAGAGUGAUCCUGUAGAAUUUGUGUUUAGUGCUACGCGGAGUGAUAGGGAAUCGAAUUUGGGUAGGAAAACCGGUGAAAGUGCUGCAGGGGUGGGUUUUGGUGAUGAAAGAAAGAGGGGAUUGAAUUCUGAGCUGAGGGAUUGGUCGGUUAAUGCUAAGGGGUUUGUUUUUUGUGCUGAUCAGAAUGGUUUUGUCGAUAAUUCCAAUGCACAAAAUGAGAAAUCUGGCGAAUCUGUUGAAAACUCAGUGUUUGGUGAUGCUGGGGAUAGAGAAGGUAGGGAUGGAGCUGAGUGUGCAAAGCAGGAUAGUUUUCGUUUUGUUUUUGGUAGCUGCAACGGUGAAGCAUCGAGUUUUAAGGUGGAAAACCAGGGAAAUCUUGAUGGGACAAGAAAUUUUGAUCCUGGAAUGGGUAAUUUUAAUUAUACCAAGGCUGCAACAGAUGGUAAUAGUAAUGUUAAUGAUAAUAAGAAGCAUGGAUAUGGAAGUAGUAAUAAUAUUUCUACGGCUUAUGGUGCCACUCCUGCAUAUAAAUUAACGGAUGAGAUGGAGAAACUGAACAUCGACCACUCUAAGGAGGCUGACGUCACUAGAGAUUCUACAAAUUCACAUGUAAAUGAUAGCACUGGCUUUGUGUUUGGAGGACGUGAGAAUGUUUAUGACUAUUUUAGUACUGGUUCAGGAACUAAUGCUAAUGGUCACAAGUCUUGUUCUAGUGCUGCUUCUGGGAAUAUUGGUGGGCAAUAUUUUAAAGCAUGUAAACCAAAUGAUGUUCAAGAUAGAACUGGUUGUGGCAUUGCCUGUGGUUUUACAAGAGUACCUUGCACCCCUAAGCCACCCAAAGAUUCAGAAGUGAAUGGAGCUACUUCAUCAUUUUCCUCCUCAUCAGUUGGUCUUGACUCCAUUUCAAAUAAUUAUACUUCUGCAGGCCAUCCCUUGAGUGGCAAUCAUGAUAAGUGCGAUAAUUAUUUUACAAGUAUUCCAGAGGCAUUGAAGGAGUCUUUUAUGGGAUUUAAACCUCCAAUGUGGGAUCCUUCUGCUUUUAAAGACAACUUAUUUCCAAAGUUGGAUAAAAAAUUAGAAUCCACACAAAAGGUCAGAUCAUCUAAAGAAAAGGGAUCAAAACAUAUGAGGAGAAAAUUGAAGCCACAUUCGUUGAAUAAGAAACAAACAAGGCUGGAUCCUUCGUACAAGGAAAAUAGUUCAUUGGAAACCCCUGAUUCCUCUGGUUGCCACUCACCUAUGGAUUUUUCUCCCUAUCAGGAAAUGGCAGCAGAGGAUCAAGAUGUGAAAGAUGAAAACUUGGCUGGUGUUGGGAGAGGAACAGAUAUAAAUAGAACUGAUCAAAGAUGUGGUGGUUCUGAUAAUGAGCAGUUCUCAUCACAUUUCGGAAGUUUUCCUGUAGGUGAUUUUCAUUCUUCUGGUCCUGAAGUAGUCUGGCCUACUUUGAAAACCCAGCAAUUUAGUAGUAAUGCAUUUGAUUCUGGGGUUGACUAUAGCUCAAUCAAUGAAAGGCAAAAAGAUGAUCUAUUUUGCUCUGUUCAUGAUCUGGGUGAUUCGAAGGAGAAAGAUUUUGCAUUUUCUGCAUCAUCUACUGUAGCGGGUACUUCUUCACCAUUAAAGCGUAAACAGAAGAAAAAAUUUAGGAGCAAAAUCGGCUGCAAUUCAUUUGUCAUCUCUCCUAAACCAAAUGGAAAGUUUGGAUCUUCUGUGCAAUUUUCACCACUAACCACUUCCAACAUGCCAUCACAUUUUGAUGGGAUGGAUAGAUCUCAAGUCAAUCAUCUGUUCAAGGAAGGGGAUUUUGCAUCGUCAGUUACAAUCCAUGAAGCCUGUGAAAAGUGGAGGCUCAGGGGGAACAAAUCCUACAAGGAUGGAGAUCUUUCUAAAGCUGAGGAAUUCUACACACUGGGGAUAAAUUCUGUUCCAACAAGUGAAUCAGGAUGCCAGAUCAAACCGCUUUUACUUUGUUAUAGCAACCGGGCAGCAACACGCAUGAGUCUUGGAAGGAUUAGGGAAGCUCUAGGGGAUUGCAAGAUGGCUUCUGCUCUGGACCCAACCUUUUUGAAAGUACAGAUGAGAACUGCUAACUGUCACCUUUUGUUGGGAGAAAUAGAAAAUGCUAUGCAGUGUUUUAGUAAGUGUAUGGACUCAGGUAAUGCUAUUUGUUUAGAUCGGAGAGUUGUAGUAGAAGCAGCUGAAGGUUUACAAAAGGCUCAGAAAGUGGUUGAGUGUUCAAACAAUGCUGCCAAACAUUUGAAGGAAAGGACUUCUGAUGCAGCUGAGACUGCUUUAGAACUACUUACAAAGGCAUUGUCAAUAAGUUCAUAUUCAGAAAGAUUGCUUUCACUGAAGGCAGAGGCUUUAUUUUUGCUGCAAAGAUAUGGUGAAGCAAUUCAGCUUUGUGAACAGAGUCAGUGUCUUGCAGAAAAGAAUUUUGACAUGGCAAAUAGCAGCACAGACAAUUUAAAUAUUUCCACAUCUGAUAGUUACGCAUCUGUAAAAUUGUGGAGGUCAUCUCUGAUAUCCAAGUGUUACUUUCACUUGGGACGGCUUGAGACAUCACUUAAUAUUCUUGAGAAAUUGCAGCAAGUUGGGUCUGUCAAUGACAAAUGUGUCAUUCAUGAAAUCAGAGAGUUACUGUCAUUAGCUGCUACUAUAAGAGAACUUCUAGAUCAGAAGAGAGCUGGAAAUGAAAACUUUAAAUUGGGAAAGUAUACAGAAGCUGUGGAGCAUUACACUUCUGCCAUAUCUAGCAAUAUCAAAUCACGGCCUUUUGUGGCUAUAUGUUUUGGCAACCGUGCUGCUGCUUAUCAGGCAUUGGGCCAAAUUGCUGAUGCCAUUGCAGACUGCAGCAUGGCUAUAGCCCUUGAUACAAAUUAUGUGAAGGCAAUUUCAAGAAGGGCCACCUUGCAUGAGAUGGUACGAGAUUAUGAGCACGCAGCUUGUGACCUGAGGAAACUAAUAUCUGUUCUUGAAUCUCAAUCUAAUCAAAAGGCUAACCAGUCUGAUUCACCAAGUGGAUCACCUGCCGUGAAAGAAUUAAGGCAAGCUCAUCAACGCCUGAGUUCAGUGGAAGAUCAAGCCAAAAGGGGAUUACCUUUAGACUUUUACCUCAUUCUAGGAACCAAACCAGCUGAUACAGCAAAUGACAUCAAGAAGGCAUACCACAAGGCCGCUCUCAAACAUCAUCCAGACAAGGCUGGCCAGUUUCUGGCAAGAAGUGAAAUUGGAGAUGAAGGCCAGGCGUGGAAGGAGAUUUUACAGGAGGUGCACAAGGAUGCCGAUAGGCUUUUUAAAAUGAUUGGAGAGGCAUAUACUGUGCUUUCAGACUCUCAGAAGCGUUCGGAGUAUGAUCUGGAAGAGGAGCUGAGGACACUUUCUAAGCAGAGUAACAGAGGCGGCACAUGCAGGAGAUCAACGGAUUCUAAUGGGUAUGGAAGAGCCGCUGAUGGUUAUAGGUCUCCCUCUGACAGAUCUUAUUACAGACGAAAUGGACGGGAUCAUUGGAGGACAUACGGGCACUCGUAUUCUCGGUGGUAAGAAGACGCACAACAGAGGCAUUGGCGUUCCAUUGAUGAUACUAUUGAUAGCGACGUUCCGCUUCAUUUUUGAUGGACCUAAGCUGCAUCAUAGUGGCUUAGAACCACCUUUGCAGGCCAUUACAGUAUGAUAUUUUUUGGGUCUUACUCAGGCCAUUAAAUGAAAUAAGAUAGUAGAUAUUUUUGCAAGCUUGAGACAUAGCAAUUAUAUACCCUCCGAGCUACAGGCCUACAGCUAAAGGUUCAAGAAAGUGAAGAGAAGUUAAGCAUUGCUGCUGUGCUCGCUUCAUGUGUGGAGUGUAAUAGACAGAUUACUUUUGUACUAGUGUUUGGUCAGGUUUGAAGAUGUUAAAUUGUUAAUAGGAAGUUGACUGACCUCGAAAAAGAAAUUCAAAAAAUUAUUUUACCCAAUACAUGUUUCUACUCCUUGGCAAAGUUGAAACUCUAUACCAAGCCACAUUACCUUGCUGGAUA